UGUUUGGCAUUUACCUAUAAAAAAAUCAAGAAAAAUAGAAUAAAUAACAAAAAUUGGCAUAACUUCGCGCCAUAAAUUCCCGCCUCUUCUCAGUUAGUCACUUGAAAUUCUCAAUCUCUCUCUCUCUCUCUCAAUCGUGCAAGGAAGAAUCAUCGUCUCACAGGAUAUGGAUACGUCAAACCCUGCAGUUUUUGUUAAUGGUGAGUUAUUGAGCAUGCAUUGUGGAAGAAAGAUUCGAGCAGUGGUUCAAGUUAUCCAAAGUGAUGGUGGAAUCGUUACGGGAAAAUCUACGGAUGAACAACAAUUGACUAUUCAUGGCUUGCCCACAGUUCCUCACAUGAAUUUCGUAGAGGUAGUUGGUAUUGCUCAAAGCAACAAGACCAUCAACGUUGAACAUUGGACCGACUUUGGAACCACUUUUGAUACUGAAUCUUACAAUCAGCUAUGCCAACUUGCAAAUGGGGAAUUCAGAAGUUUAUUUAUUUAGUGAUUUGUAGGUACAGCAUGGCAAGAAGCUAAGAGGUAUAAUUUGUUAUGUGAUUUUGAGUCUUCUAUGCUUUGUAACUCACGUGGGAGUCUUGAACUGCUAAUCUAUUAAAAGAACUCCUGUUUUGGUCUGUGUAAUGUACCAAGCUAUAAGCUAGGCGCGAAGUAUGGAAUUUUCCUGGAAUUUAAAAGGGUUCCAAUUUCUCAAGUAGUUGAUUCACAUAUUUUUCAUUGAGAAAAACCUACGUGUAGUUGGGUGCACUUGAACUACACUCAUCUUUUGUAUAAUUCGACUACCAUUCAAUUAGAAUGUGUCACGUGUAUUUUUUCUUUCA